GAAAUCUUUAGUAGAGAUAUUUUAUAUAUUUCUUUUUUCCUAGAUCUGGAAACAUGUCUAACAGACAUUACAAAUGAUAGCAUUUCAUAAAUGUAUCAAGAGUUCUUUAUUUUUUUUUAAUCAGUUUGGGAAUUUACCUGUUUGUUCUUUUCUGGGGGUAGCAGAGGCUCCCCAAGUCACAACUCUGUGGGCUUUAAUUUGAAUGUUUUGAACUUGUAUCUCAUUUUCCUGCAGAAACUUGUGGUUAGGAAUCCUGGCCCGUCUGGAGAAGCCCAUUCUAUCUUCAAUGUCAAUACUUUAUCAUACAAUGUCAUACAACAUCAAUAGUUUGUGUAGUAAUGCUGAAAGAGAAAACUCCCCCAUAUUUCUACUAUGGGACAUCUGGCAUUUUCCUUGCCCCAGUUGUGGGUAGUCAGGAAUAUAGCUCUUUGAAGUUGUAACUGCUGUGUGUGCAUUUUGUGUUUCUGCUGAUACAUAGUAUGGAGUGGUUCAGAGGAGGAUAUGCUAGGAAAAUGGAAUAGGAUGGUGGUGAAAAUAAACCUAAAAAUGAGCUAAGAGGAGGAAUUGGCAGAAGAUAAAAAUAAGAAGAGUUUAGGAUGGGUGGGAGAUGAGACAGGGCCAGGAGCUGGGCAUUCUGGGCAGGGAAGAGAUACUGCUGCCUGUGUGUUAGCAUGAGAAAUUUUACCCUUUCCCUUCUGUCCAGACAUCUAGCUGUUUGGUUUGGGUAAGAGGUUUACACUAAGACUUGUGCUGAGGAGGGACAAGGGUGCCACGGGAGUGGUGGUAAAGAGGGGAGAGUCCCCAGUGGUGUGUGGUUAGGAUGGCCAUCCUACAGACAUGAAGACUCUCUUGGUGGUGAAUUCACGUGUGCAGGGUGUCUACUUUUAGAUCUGUUCUGUCAUUUCUGUUCGGGGGUUGAAAGGAAAAUAAAAACCUGAUCCUUUGAAGUGAAUAUCAAUAAUCAAAUUUGCCAAGCUGUUUGCCCAUUUCAAAAUAAGCCUCCCGUUACCCUCAUCACCACCCUCCAGAGCCUUUGAAGUUCUGGUUAUUUAUGCCCUUGGUGUUUUGGCUGGCCAAACACGGCCAUGAUGUUACCUUUCUCUCCCUGGUGGGGAAUAUCGCGGAGGUCCUGUUCUGUUGAGAGUUUAGGACUCCUUCUGGGACACGAAUGGAGGGGAAAUUUAAGAAUUGUAUUGGACAAAGAAAAGAUGUUAUAAAUAGCUCCCAUUGUCAACUUUUCUCCUCUUGCCCAAGGCAGAAUUGGCUGUCAUUCUUGGGGGGAGGAGGCAUUCUCGUGCCUGGCUGCCAGGUGAGCUAAUUCAAGCGUAAAGAUUGAUAUUGCUCCCGCAGCCUGCAUUUUGCAUGUGCCCUCACUGCUGAGACCCUAGCUCUCAGAUUCAGUAUCGUCAGUCUCCUAGUGGGCUGAAGUUUUGACAUACCAAGUGGCUGUGAACAUGGACCAGAAGUUUUGUCUACAGAAGCAAAGGCCGAUAAUGAACCGAGCUGUUCGCCGGCAGCUCAAGAACUGUUGACAAGGCUGGGAUUUUUACUGGGAGAAGGGAUCCCAAGUGCCACACACAUAACCAUUGAAGAAAAAAAUGAAACCAUGUGCACAGCUCUAAGCCAAGGCAUCAGUCCUUGCUCCACACUAACAAGCAGCACCGCAUCUCCUAGCACCGAUAGCCCCUGCUCAACCUUGAAUAGCUGUGUCAGCAAGACUGCAGCCAACAAAAGUCCCUGUGAGACCAUUAGCAGCCCUAGUUCCACCCUGGAAAGCAAGGACAGUGGAAUUAUAGCCACAAUUACAAGUUCAUCCGAAAAUGAUGACCGGAGUGGCUCCAGUUUGGAAUGGAAUAAGGACGGAAGCCUAAGGUUAGGGGUACAGAAAGGAGUGCUUCAUGAUCGCAGGGCAGAUAAUUGCUCCCCAGUGGCAGAAGAGGAGCCCCCUGGGUCAGCGGAGAGCGUGCUGCCCAAAACUGAAGCCUCAGUUGGAGAUGGUCCAGUCCCUUAUUCUCAGAGCUCCAGCUCGCUAGUAAUGCCACGGCCCAACUCAGUUGCAGCAACAAGCUCAACCAAGUUGGAGGAUCUGAGUUAUUUAGACGGGCAGAGAAAUGCCCCUCUUCGAACGUCAAUUAGAUUGCCGUGGCACAAUACAGCCGGAGGUAGGGCACAGGAAGUUAAAGCACGAUUUGCUCCCUACAAGCCACAGGACAUUUUGUUGAAACCCCUGUUGUUUGAAGUACCAAGCAUAACAACGGACUCUGUGUUUGUGGGAAGGGAUUGGCUGUUUCACCAGAUAGAAGAAAACUUGAGGAACACAGAACUGACAGAAAAUAGAGGAGCCGUGGUGGUUGGAAACGUGGGCUUUGGGAAGACCGCAAUCAUUUCUAAGUUGGUGGCACUUAGCUGCCACGGAAGCCGCAUGAGGCAGAUUGCUUCCAGCAGCCCCAGUUCACCACCAAAAACUUCGGAUUCCUCCCAGGAUCUUCCUUUCACUCCGUUGCUUUCACCGAGCUCUUCUGCAGUUGUUACCAACAUGGCCAAAACACCCCCUGGGUCUGGGUCUGAUACUCCUGAGAACCAGAGACCAAGAGAGGAUGCAGUGAAAUACCUCGCUUCUAAGGUCGUGGCCUACCACUACUGCCAAGCUGACAACACGUACACGUGCCUGGUGCCCGAGUUCGUGCACAGCAUUGCAGCUCUGCUGUGCCGGUCCCACCAGCUGGCCGCCUACAGGGACCUACUGAUCAGGGAGCCCCAGCUACAGAGCAUGCUGAGCCUCCGGUCCUGCGUGCAGGACCCAGUGGCCGCCUUCAGGAGAGGAGUGCUGGAACCGCUCACAAGCCUGAGAAAUGAGCAGAAAAUUCCUGAAGAAGAAUAUAUUAUUUUGAUAGAUGGCUUAAAUGAAGCGGAGUUUCAUAAGCCUGAUUAUGGAGAUACGCUUUCUUCAUUUAUUACCAAAAUUAUUUCUAAGUUUCCUGCCUGGUUGAAGCUGAUUGUGACUGUAAGAGCAAAUUUUCAGGAAAUUGUGAGCACGCUGCCAUUCGUCAAGCUUUCCUUAGAUGACUUUCCGGACAACAAAGACAUUCACAGUGACCUGCAUGCCUACGUCCAGCACAGGGUCCACAGCAGCCAGGACAUCCUCAGCAACAUCUCCCUGAACGGCAAGGCCGACGCCGCCCUUAUUGGGAAAGUGAGCAGCCACCUGGUGCUGCGGAGCCUCGGCUCCUACCUGUACCUCAAACUCACCUUGGACCUCUUCCAGAGGGGACAUUUGGUCAUCAAAAGUGCCAGCUACAAGGUGGUCCCUGUGUCUCUGUCUGAGCUCUAUCUGCUGCAGUGCAACAUGAAGUUCAUGACCCAGUCCGCCUUCGAGAGAGCACUUCCGAUUCUAAAUGUGGCCCUCGCAUCCCUCCACCCCAUGACGGAUGAGCAGAUCUUUCAGGCCAUUAACGCGGGCCACGUACAAGGGGAGCAGGGAUGGGAGGACUUCCAGCAGAGGAUGGAUGCUCUCUCCUGCUUCCUCAUUAAGAGGCGAGACAAAACCCGCAUGUUCUGCCACCCGUCCUUCCGGGAGUGGCUCGUUUGGAGAGCAGAUGGUGAAAACACGGCCUUCCUAUGCGAGCCCAGGAAUGGGCACGCUCUCCUGGCAUUCAUGUUCUCUCGACAAGAGGGCAAGCUGAAUCGCCAGCAAACCAUGGAGCUUGGCCAUCACAUCCUGAAGGCACACAUUUUCAAGGGCCUCAGUAAGAAGACAGGAAUCUCCUCAAGCCACCUCCAAGCCCUGUGGAUCGGGUACAGCACCGAGGGCCUCUCUGCCGCCCUCGCCUCUCUCAGGAAUCUCUACACCCCCAAUGUGAAGGUCAGCCGUCUCCUGAUUUUGGGAGGGGCCAACGUGAACUACAGAACAGAAGUGUUAAAUAAUGCCCCAAUCCUGUGCGUCCAGUCUCACCUUGGCCAUGAGGAAGUGGUCACUCUGCUCCUGGAAUUUGGCGCCUGCCUGGAGGGAAUGUCAGAGAAUGGCAUGACCGCCCUCUGCUAUGCUGCAGCUGCUGGCCAUAUGAAGCUGGUCUGUCUGCUGGCCAAGAAGGGGGCGAGGGUGGACCACUUGGAUAAGAAAGGCCAGUGCGCACUGGUGCACAGCGCACUGAGGGGCCAUGGUGACAUUCUAAGGUACCUGCUGACCUGUGAGUGGUCGGCAGGCCCUCCCCAGCCAGGUGCACUGAGGAAGAGCCAAGCCCUGCAGCAGGCGCUGACAGCAGCCGCCAGCAUGGGCCACAGCUCGGUGGUCCAGUGCUUGCUGGGACUGGAGAAGGAACAUGAGGUAGACGUCAAUGGCACCGACACGCUGUGGGGAGAAACAGCCCUGACUGCUGCUGCUGGAAGAGGGAAGCUGGAGGUGUGCGAGCUGCUGCUGGAGCACGGAGCUGCUGUGUCUCAGACUAACAGGAGAGGAGUCCCACCUUUGUUUUGUGCAGCACGCCAGGGGCAUUGGCAGAUCGUUAGAUUACUUUUGGACCGUGGCUGUGAUGUGAGCCUAAGUGACAAGCAGGGCCGGACGCCCCUCAUGGUGGCUGCUUGUGAAGGACACUUGAGCACCGUGGAAUUUCUCCUUUCAAAAGGUGCUGCCCUUUCUUCUCUGGACAAAGAGGGACUGUCAGCAUUAAGCUGGGCUUGUCUGAAGGGUCACAGGGCAGUGGUCCAGUUUCUGGUUGAGGAAGGAGCCGAGAUAGACCAGACGGACAAGAAUGGCCGCACUCCCUUGGACCUGGCCGCCUUCUACGGUGACGCAGAGACCGUACUGUAUCUGGUUGAGAAGGGAGCCGUGAUUGAGCACGUGGACCACAGCGGCAUGCGCCCCUUGGAUAGAGCCAUUGGUUGUCGAAAUACAUCUGUAGUGGUUACACUGCUGAGAAAAGGAGCCAAAUUAGGAAAUGCUGCCUGGGCGAUGGCUACUUCCAAACCUGAUAUUUUGAUUAUACUUUUACAGAAAUUGAUGGAGGAAGGAAACGUGAUGUACAAAAAAGGGAAGAUGAAAGAGGCAGCCCAGAGGUACCAGUAUGCCUUAAGGAAGUUUCCGCGGGAAGGAUUUGGAGAGGACAUGAGACCAUUCAAUGAGCUAAGAGUUUCCCUCUAUCUCAAUUUGUCUCGCUGCCGAAGAAAAACAAAUGACUUUGGCAUGGCAGAAGAAUUUGCUUCCAAGGCUCUCGAAUUGAAACCAAAGUCCUAUGAAGCCUUUUAUGCCAGGGCAAGAGCGAAGAGAAAUAGCAGGCAGUUUGCCGCGGCUCUGGCUGACCUCCGGGAAGCUGUGAAGCUCUGUCCCACCAAUCAGGAAAUCAGGAGGCUGGUGGCCCGCGUGGAGGAGGAAUACAAGCAGCUCCAGAGGAGCCAGCAGCAGAAACAGCAGUGCCCAGCACCAGCCCCACCCAAUGACUCCGACAACGAGGAGGACGCUCCGACCCCUGGGUUAAACGACCACUUCCAUCUUGAGGAGGCUGGGGAAGAAGAAACUUCCUCCCAGGAAGAGUCUGUUUCCCCACCGCCCAGGUCUCAGCCAUCCUCCUGUGUCCCCUCUCCGUAUAUCCGAAACCUUCAAGAAGGGUUACAGUCCAAAGUCAGGCCGGUGUCCCCGCAGCACAGGCCAGGCAUCGGUAAGGCCCCGAGGGAAGCUGUAGCUCCGCCCGGGCUGGUCCUGCAGCCCACCCGGCAGGCACAGAUCGUGAAGACCAACCAACAUCUGGGUGCUGGACAGGCCGGCGUGAGAAACGGCAGCACAAAAAUGCAGGUCGCUGCUCAGAAUCCUCCCCCGAGCCCUAUGCCAGGUGGGAUCCCUGCAGCUCCCGGUGGUGGCAGAACCCAGCGUUUGGAGGGCACGGGCACUUUGACUGUGGGCGCCGGGUCUGGCCAUUUUGGAGAGAGGCUGGGCCCCAGCCACGGUGUCCAGCUGCAGCACAGCGAGGGCGGUGCUGCCUACCCCUUACCGAGCAAGGUAAAGACUGCAGAGAGGCUUCUGUCUCACGCCUCCGUAGCCGUGGAUGUAGCCCCUCUCAACCAGGGCGGGCCGGUGAGCUGCAGUGACGGGCGACACCCGGCUUCCCUCACCAGCUCAGGCUCUUCUGGUUCUCCGUCUGGCAGCAUAAAGAUGUCAAGUUCAACCAGUAGUUUGACUUCAAGCAGCAGUUUCUCAGAUGGCUUCAAAGUCCAAGGACCGGAUGCUCGCAUUAAAGACAAGGUUGUUAGCCAGGGUCAAAGUGGGACAGCCGAGCACAGACCACGCAGUACUCCGUUCAUGGGCAUCAUGGAUAAGACUGCAAGGUUCCAGCAGCAGAACAAUCCUCCAAACCGUACCUGGCACUGUCAGGUGCCGGAGGGGCUACUGCUGAACACGUCCUCUGCAGCCGGCUUGCAAUCCUUGAACUCUGAGAAGCCCUCUCUCAAACAAGCAGGAGGAUAUAGUAGCCAAGCCAAAACCUGUGCUGUUUCUACCCUGGGUGGAAGUGUCCAUAAUGGGUCACAGGUGAAGGAGCUAGAAGAAAAGAAAUGCCAAAUUCCGGUCCACUGUCAAGAUAGCAGGAUCACUAAGACUGUUUCUCAUCUGUAUCAGGAAAGUAUCUCCAAACAGCAGCCUCAUGUCAGUAAUGAAGCUCACAGGAGUCACCUCCCUUCAGCAAAACCAAAGCGAUCAUUCAUAGAGUCAAAUGUGUGAGCCUUAAGAGAGACACAUAUGUGGGAUUGGGGAAACCGUGUGCCACCUCCUGGUGGUGAUUCAGAGGUUUUUCGUGAGAAAAAUUACCUUGUAGCCAUGUAUUUUUUUUUCUUUAUUCCUUGGGGGUGGGUCAGAUGCCACUGAUAUAUAUAAAAUAUGGGAUAAAAUUUCUUUGAUAAAUAGCUAGGAGUCACCAUAAAUAAGAAUGCUAACCAGAAUGAAAAUUUAUAAUUAGUUAUGCCUAUUAAGUUAAAAAAUUUAAGACCACCAAGAAGACACUAACUCAUGGUUUUCUCUUAUGAAAUUGUUUGGUUUUUACCACUUUUUUCCUAGAGUUUGCUAUGUGGUAAAAUCAUAAUAUUUCUUAGAGAAUGUAAAUGUCUAAGUGAUAGGUUUAACUUAUGACCAAUAUCCAGAUGAUGUAUUCUGGAAAAGAUGGAAUCUUCAAGUUUCCGUUCCAUUGAGUCAAAUCCCAGUUUUUACAUAUAAACAUAUAAAAAUUUCUGGCUGAACAUGUGUGACUAUAAAUGUUAUACAGCUGAUUCUUUUCAUUUUUUUUUUAAGCAAAAUACAAGAAUAUCCAAGUAUUGUUACCUUCAUAGUAGUUCUCUUUUAUUUCCAUGUUAGGGUUCUCACUAAAAACAUUUUUAUAGCACCUUUUUGGAAUUAUAUUCCCACUUCAAGGUGUUUAUAAUAUUUGGAAAUAGUAUAAAGCCAUUUGGAAGCAGGAUUGGUGGUCAAGUUGGAUUUGGACUAAACUAAGGAUACAGCUUUCUUUACGAUAUGUAAAUUCGCUCUCAGCUGGUUCCCAAAUUGCUUUUAACAAUGAUACCAUUCCUGGAACAAGCCCUCCAGGGUCCUUUAAGGACAGUAUUUAAUUUGGAUAGUUAAGAUAUGGUUAGUUGUUGCUUUUGUUUCAUUAUACAAUCAUUACUUUAUAGUCACAUGUUGUACAUAUUAAAUAGCCAAGUUGUAUUCUGACUUGUAAAUAUAACUAUUUCAAGUAGUUAAUCAUAAAAAAACCUCAUAUAUUUGCAUGUUCUUUGUAAGCUUCAUUCAUGCUGGUUGUUGCACUGAACGAUAUAUUACUAUGGCAUGUUAACAGUAUACCAGUAACAGCACUUUAUCUCAUUUAUAUGAACACCUUUGAGGUGCUACUUAAGUCCUAACUGAUGUAUUAUUCAUUUGUAAAGAUAAGGUACAGCAAUGAGCCUUGGUUUAAAGGUAUUUUUAUAUGAAAAUGGUGUGCUAUUGGAAGAUGUUAAAAUGCUAGUUUGAGAGAGGUAGGGAGAAUAGUUGUUUUAUAUGGCGGGAUGUGAAAUUUAUUUUCUAGAAUUGGGGAGAAGGAAGUUCUAUAUUUACAGAAAGUUUUAAAAAUGAAUCGUUGUAACGACGUUCCUCUGAGCAUCAUUAUGGUUUUGUACGAACAGGAAAUCUGGUGUCAUUCUUCAACAUUUGUGCCUGAGUGUGAACGGUGUACUUUGUACAGCUUUAUCAUUUUUCUAGGCUUUCCCUGAGUUCUGCUAGAAGUACUUUGGCUUAUUUAUUGUUUGUUGUUUUAAUAUUUGUGAAAGUCUUACUCUUGUUAUGUAGUUUUGUUUCUGCACAACUACUGUACUUUUCCAUAUGGAAUAAAGAGUAUUAAUAGAA